GCAAGGGCGUCUUCUUCAGGCGUUUGAAAGCGGCUCGUUUUAACACGUGACCGCCGUCAGCUGAUCGGGUGGCGGAACCAAACUGAAAGAUGGUGUCGUUGCUGAGCGGGCUGUCCGUCGCGGAAGGUCUCACCCUGUGUCACAGGGUGGUGGACGGGCUGUGUGGGCGCGAGCCGCCUCACCGGGGCGAUUACAGCGCGUCCUGGAGCUCAGACGAGUGGCGCGAGCUGCUCGACUCCCUGGCGGCUCUCUUCCGCCGGGCGGUGGGCGCCGACAGCUCCGAUGAAGAGGUGGUGGCGGGGCUGUCGCAUGCAGGCAGCAGCCACGCGCAGUCCGUGCUGACCGUGCUGACAGCGAGACGGCAGGAGAUCCGGGACGCCCUGCUGGGCAGAAGCAACUCCAUCUCCUCUGCGCUUCUGCAGGACUUCGACUGGCAACUUAAGUUAGCGGUGUCCAGCGAUAAGAGCUCGUCUCUCCACACUCCUCUGCUCAGCCUCAGUCUGGAUGUGAGAGACAACACGGCCCUCCAGUCGGUCACCAUGGAGAUGAACAGAGAGGAGUUAAACACACUCGUCAGUUCACUCGAGGCUGCUAAUAAGGUGGUAAUGCAGUUGAAAUGAGAAAAAGACCCAAUCCCAUUACAGGAAGUUAAUGGAGGUCUUCAGAAAGUGUCAAAUCAAUCCACUGUCAUGAUUCUGUGUUGGAGACAAUGUUUUUCAGAGCAAAUAACGAAGUCUGUUGUACUUCAGCCGCGUUUAUACGAGCACUCAAACAUUCUAUUAAAGUUCUCAAUAAAGUUUGUUUUUUUAA